CCGUUCCCAAAAUCGUGACUUUUUGAAAUUUUUAUGGAAGAUGGGAAAAUUUUCCAUAAGACCAUAAGCUGAGUCAGCGUUUAUCAUUCUUAUCUGCAAAUUUUUUCGAUGAGAUUGGCAUAGGAAAAUAUAUGGAGAUGCGCUUUCGAAUUUUAUCCGGUUGGUACGAUUCAGUGCCACACUAGAAGAUAUCCAAUUUUGAAAAAAUGUUGCUGAAUAAAUUUGUGUUUCCGUAUGAUUUUUACAAAGAGGAGAAAAUUCUACACAAUCAAGUCGUCGUAGUAUCAAUUUUUGGUAAAUCCUCUUAUCUGUCCGGUGGCUGCAAAGCUGAUAUUAUUGAUAAAUUGCUUGGAUACAACAUUUUCAAAAAAUGUAUGCUCGAAGAUACAGAGAUCAACGACGAUUUUCUGUGCAACAUCGAAGGCUUCUAUGACAAGAAAGAAAAUAUUAUAUAUUUACACUACGUAGGAAGCUUUGAUACUCACUCGCUGCUGAAAAUAUACGAGCUAUACUCCGUUGAAUUAGAGGAAAAGGGAUUUUUAACAGUAUGGACAGAUUUAAAGUACAGAUACUCUCGCGCUUUAUUAUUCCUAUUCUUCGUAUCUCAUGUGUUGGUCGUCACUCACCCUACACAUGUGUUUGAUUUGAGUUACGUUCAGUUAUUCAAAGCGUUUGAUACUAUCAGGCAUAAGUUAUCUGAGAAAGUCAGCAGUAUUCUCAAAGGAGUGAAAAAUAUUUCAUCCGAAUGGCAAACAAAUGGCAGGUUUUGUUGUCCCAGAAUUUUAUUUUAUUUCGAGAAAUGCCCUCCUUCGAUGAAGAAUAUUGACAACCCUGAAGUAUUAGCAAACUUGAAAAAACUCGAACACUCUGUAGAAGAUCAAAUUUAUAGAAUUUUAAAAAAGUGCCGAAUUCUUUCAAGUAAUACUCGAAAUUCUUUAUGCGCCGUUCCCCUGAAUCAAGAAUUCGUUUUUAUUGAGACUGAAACAAACGUGAUGAAAGAUUGGACCAGUUUUUAUUUGAACAGUUUGAUUAGUUUUUGUACCAAUCCAAAUACAGAACAGAACCAUUGCAAUUAUGGAUUUGAAAGUCUCCCUGAAGCUGUUGUUAAUCCAACUGCCUCUGAUGAUCACACUUUUAGUGUUUUUCUUCAUGAUCAUACUGAAACUGCCUUCACCAAAGGUUUCGAUGAUAGCGCAGGUAGACAUUCAAAUGCUAAUUUGUUCGAGGUGCCAGUUGCUGAAGUAUGGUUCGAAGCAGCUAACAAAUUAUUCGAUUUUUUCGUACUCCAAUCCACGAAAGACGAUGUAUCAGAUUUCUCUAAUUUGAAGAAUUGUUUAGACGUCGAUCAGAGAUUCAGCGAAGCAAGAUGUAACAAAGUCUUCCCUUUAGCUAUAGCCACAUAUCAAGAAAAUCUACCUUCUCAUUACACCAAGAAAUAUCACGAAACCAAAGUUACUCAUGCUUUAUCAGUGUUCGGUAUACAUGCUAGAGGUCCUCAAGUAGACAACUAUAUUCAAAAAUUAGUCAAAGAAUGUGAUAAAUAUUGGAAAAGUGGAAGACAAAUGUGUGAAAUUCUGAGUCUGACGGGUAAUCCUUGUAAUUUACCGCUACAUAAAAGCAGCACCUUUGAAUCAGCCAAUAGCGAGUCGAUAGAAAACAUCAACGUUGCGGAUUUACCAGUUACAGAACAUUCCAGUGGAGUACGUUAUAUAUCGUCGUGUAAUUGCGGUCAUAAACAAGGUCCUCGAGAUGACCCAUUUACUGUUCGAGCUGCCAACUACGAUUUCUAUCAAAUUUUAGGAGAAGAUUGUGGGUGUUCUCAUUACGAUAAAAUUCAAUUUCCAGUUUUUCAACCCAGCACAAAAGAUUACAGAGCGGCGCAGUUGUUCUCAAAACCGACUAAAAUAGUUGGACGUAAAGAUAAUGUCAAUACGUUGAUGCCUAAUAAAGAAUUUGGUCAAGAAACUCAACAUGGUCCCACUCAAGGCUUAAGUUUAGCGUUAAUAUCUUGCCAUUCUAUGAGUCUUGCUAGUGACAUGAUGAUAGUUGAAGAACAAGGCGGUUUUCAUCCAGCUGAACCGAUCAAUGACCAUAAUCCGCUGAAACCAUCUCAGGCGUCUCUAACUCAAACUUCUGAGAAAAUAGUGAUUCAAGUUACCGAUCAUAGUGACUCUAAUAAAGAUAAAGGACUAGUGCGACAACCUAGCACAACUGAAUAUUUACCUGGUAUGCUGCACAGCGAAUCUCCUCCAGGAUUAUUGCCGCAGUUUCCUUCGUGGUCGUUAGUGUGUCUUGGACCGUCUAGUUUGUAUUCUCAUAAUUUAGGAUUACAAGAACAACACCAUCCUGGCUUUUUAGCCGGAUCCGCGUAUCUUUUGCCCUGGGAUGUAACUGUGAGAUUGGAACAUCACAUGAAAGAACGUUUUUGGGCAUCCAACGAUCCUCGAAAUAAGAACGCUCCUCAACGAAAUCGUCGUAAAGGAACUAAAGAAUUCAACGUCAAGAUAUUCGUCGGUGUGGAAUACGAAUGUCCAUGUGGUCAUCGUUUUAUGUGUUCGAGUCCUGAAAAAGUCUUGAAAGCAACUGGUUCCGGUUUAGUUCGAGAUAAUGGAAGUAAAGUAACAAACUGUGAUAUGCCUUUAUAUUACCCAUGUCCGUGCCGAAAUUCCAAACAAUUAAUCGCUCAAUUGAUGCGGAUUCACGUGGUUACUCCCAAAGCCCCGGUCAAUGUAACGUUGAACCCUCGAGUGCAACCUGCCCCUAGUCCAUGUCCAGUGUUUGUGACUGGAAUUCAAGAACCUGUACGAUUAUCUCAAAGCUCGUAUUGGAUAUUACGAUUACCAUAUGUUUACUACGGAGACAGAGGACCAUAUUUACCACCUAAAGAACACGCACCUUCUAAUUACGGACGUUUACUAGCUGGUCUCUACGGUAUAUCCGAAGUACCACCAGAUACUAAAUAAUACGCUGGUGUGGUAAUAAUAAUGAUAAUAAAUCGUUUUGCAUCA